AUGUUGGUUUACAAGUAUGAAAAAUGCCAAAAGAUCGGAAAACUACUCGGAUGGAUUGCUGCCAAUCUACUUACCUUAGCCUCAAAGAAAGAGAUUUGGAAGCUUUUUAUAUGUAUAUGCUUCAGCAUAAUAGUGAGCCAAGCUGAGGGAUGUGAGUCAGGAGCCCGGGUGGUGGAUGAAAUAAAAAUUCUCCAUCCCAGUGCUAUAUGCAACACACAACUGGAGAACGCAAUCAGUUGUAAUGGCAGUUUAUCAUCAGUUUGCCUGUACAGUGUCCCUAAUGAUACACACGCUUGGGGUUGUGCACCUGACAUAUGCUUGAAUGGUAAUGUGUGCCCUGAGUGGAACAUAUUACCAAAUGGAUCAUACGUGGUUCAGGGAGGAAGAGGAAAUUGUUCAGGAUGUCCUCCCUUUUAUCAUCUUUCCCAAUUACUCAAUAGAGAAUUUGAGGAAUGCUACAACAGUUCUCAAAAGUAUUAUCCCAGGAGUACAGUGGCACAGACAACAGAGAGUACAGUGGCACCGACAACAGAGAGGACAGGGGCACCGACAACAGAGAGGACAGGGGCACCGACAACAGAGAGGACAGGGGCACCGACAACAAAGAACAUGCAAGCACUGUCAACUGGAGGUAUUGUUGGAAUAGUCAUAAGUCUGUUGGCAGUAAUUGGAGCUUCUUCUUUAGUCGGGAUCUGCAUUUGGAAGAAGAGACAGGUGUAUAGAAACCCACCUACACCAGAUAGAGAAGAAGAAACUAGAAUGACAGAACCAUUACAGAAUGGAUCAAAUGGUUCUACAGCGAAUGGAGAGGAUACUAGGAUUAGGGUAGAUCAAUCUUAAAGCAACAAAUAUAUUGAACCUCGGAAUUGUCGAAUAUUGUACUCCUUAGAGUGUACAUUCAUUGCUUUGACUAAAAAGCUAUCAAAAUUGCACGAUGUACAUGUUAUGUAAAGUGUUUUAGGAUUUUUUCAUUGCCUCUAUAAAAUAAUUUUUUGUUAUUAACAAACAUAAAUUUAAAGUCAUUAAUACAAGUUUUAAAAAUUUGCUAUACACUUUGUAUUAAUGGUGGUAUUAGUUUUCAAUUUGUUUUUUAUUUCUCAUCAGAUAUAUUCAUUGAAUUGUGAUUUUAUAAGACAUUGUUGCAUGAAUUACUUCCAAAGAUGGGUGUGCAUACGCUAUAGACUCAAAACGUAUUUAGUUCCUGUAUAUGAAUUACAGGGUUUAAAAUAAUAAAUUGGAAGCUUGAAUAGUUUUUAAGAAGUGAAUUGUUUUUUAAUACAUUAAUUACAGUUGCAAAUGUCAUGACAAUAUUUUUUCUGUAAUUCAUAUAAUUGUAUAAUUUGAUAAAAUAUCUGCUGAUCCAAUGAUAUCAGCACAUAGAAUUUGUAUGUCCUAUUUGUAACAUUUAGACAUUCAUGACAAGUCAUUUUUGAAAUGUGUUUAUAUGUCAGUUUUGUGAUUUUAUCAUCCUAUUUUUAAAUCUUUGAAUUAAAUAAGUAAACUCUGUUUGAUCAUAUCUAAAAUUAAAAUUAAAAAAAUGUAUCAUGCCUGGUACCUGUAUUUUUAUGCCCCACCAUGAAUAUGGCCGGGGCAUAUAUAUGUUUGUCAUGUCCGUCUUCCGUCUUUCCAUCUUUCUGUCCUUCCGUCACACUUUGCGUUUAGCUCUGCUCAAAGCUAAGUUUCAAAGAAACCAUCCAAGAUAUUUUCAUCAAACUUCAUAUGCUGAUAGAUAUUGAUGAGAGCUAUGCAACUGCAUCAACAUUUUUUGACCUUGACCUUUCCUUUGACCUUGACCUCACUUUUGUUACAUUAGUGUUUUGCUCAGUUUUAAACAUACCAUUCAAGAUGGAUUUAUCAAACUUCACAUGUUGAUACAAACUUGCAUGGAUGAUGCAUCUCGGGAUGAACACUACCAGACUUGCUUCGGAUGCUGGAUCUGACCUAUAUUUUCCAGAUGAGUUUUUGGAGCAGGUCCAUUUCUAAGGAAUUAUAAGCCCUACUUGGAUUAAACUUGCAUGGAUGAUGCAUAUAAGGAUGGACACUACCAGAUUUGCUUCGGAUGCUGGAUCUGACCUACAUUUUCAUUCCCAAGAAACUAUAAGCCCUACCUGAACCAAACUUGCAUGGAUGAUGCAUCUAGGGAUGGACACCACCAGACUUGCUUCGGAUGCUGGAUCUGACCUAUAUAUUCAUUCCCAAGUAACUAUAACUCCUGCCUGAACCAAACUUGCAUGGUUGAUGCAAACUAGGGAUGGACACUACAGGACUUAAUUCGGAUGCUGGAUCUGACCUAUAUUUUCAUUCCCAAGUAACCAUAAGCCCUGCCUGAACCAAACUUGCAUGGAUGAUGCAUCUAGGGAUGGACACUACCAGACUUGCUUCGGAUGCUGGAUCUGACCUAUAUUUUCAUUCCCAAGUAACUAUAAGUCCUACCUGAACCAAACUUUCAUGGAUGAUGCAUCUAGGGAUGGACACUACCAGAUUUGCUUCGGAUGAUGGAUCUGACUUAUAUUUUCCAAACAAGCAAUUCAGCUGCAUCACUAUUCAAGAUAUUCUGAUCAAAUUUUAUACACAUACAAAUUUUCAUGUUGCUUUAUUAAUACAUCCUCGGCGGGGCAUUCAUGUCCUAUGGACAUAUUUCUAGUUUUAUUUUAAAAUUUUACUUUGGAUUCUUAUUUGGGAGAAUUAUUUUAAAAAUUCUAAAAUGAUAUUUUUGUGGAUAAUUAGAUGCUUUGCAGCAAUUUAACUUGUUGCUUUUGCUUAAAUUUUUAUUUUAUGAUUUUAUAAAUGUCUGAUGGUAGUGGCUUUUUUCU